UUGCACGGAAGAAUUGGAGAAACUAUGUGCGGGAAGGGGACGCUAUGUCCGUCCUUGCGUCUGUUUCAUACUUGGGUAUAUAUUAGAUGAGAGGGGGUGUUGAAGGCGCUCAUGUCUGUGUAUAUAUAAAACGUACCUUUUCCCACGGUGGUACGCAGCCGUUUUUUUCUUGCGUUUGCUUUCGAUCGUCCAUAUCUGAGGGUUCUGAAGAGAAAGAAAAAUAAAAGCAAGGGACAUAGGAAGAAAGAAAGAAAGAAAGAAAGAAAGAAAGAAAGAAAGAAAGAAAGAAAGGGAAAAAAAUGUACACACCAACUCUCCUCUCCAGCCUCGCGCUCGUCGCAACCGUCGCAGCCGCACCGAGCAACACGCUCGACAAGCGCGCACCAACUGCGUAUUUCGCUGGCGACUCGACAAUGGCGAGAGGGAACAACGUCAUAACCGGCUGGGGCGCAUUCACCGCCUACACCCUCACCAUCCCCUCCGUCAACAAAGCCAUCGGCGGCCGCAGCUCGCGCUCCUACACCGUCGAAGGCCGCUUCGACGAAAUCGCCAACCUCAUCAAGCCCGGCGACAUUGUAACCAUGGAAUUCGGACACAACGACGGCGGCUCGCUCAGCAGCUCCGACAACGGCCGCUCCGUCUGCCCUGGCACCGGCAACGAAAUCUGCAACUCAACAUACAACGGCCAAAAAGUUACCGUGCGCACGUACAAUUGGUACCUGACGGAGGCCGGUAAAAAGUUUAUAGCAAAGGGGGCAAAGGUGAUUGUAAGUUCUCAGACGCCAAAUAAUCCGUGGGAGAGCGGCAGUUUCCAGUAUACGGACGGGGGCCGGUUUGUGGGGUAUGCGAGGGAUGUGGCGAAAGCGUUGGGGAGCAAUGCCAUGUUUGUGGAUCAUGGCAAGUAUACGGCGAAUAUGUUUAAGGGUCUCGGUAAGGCGGGUACGGAUGCCUUGUUUGUGGCUGGAGACCAUACGCAUACGAAUGCCAAGGGCGCAGAUGCUGUGGCAAAGGCUUUCUUCAAGGCUGUGCAGUGCGCUGGAGGAGGCUUCUUCCAGGGUUCUAUUAGGAAUGCUACUGCUUCGAUCCCGGGGACUUGCUUGUAAAUUCUUUAUGUAGGAAGCGAGAGAGAGAGAGGGAGGAUUUUGGUGUAUAUACUUUGAUCGGAUGGUUUAUACGAUGCUGGCCGUAGUUUCUCCUACAGCUAGAAAUGCCAUUCUGUAUGAUGAACAAUCAACAAGGUCCCAGAGACAUGUCUGCGUGUCGCG